AUGUCGCCUGAGGCUGGUGCAGCGCACCACCAGCCGCCCGCAGCCCCACCACCCGAAGGUGCCGAGGCCAGUUUCCCCAACAGCAGCAACACCAGCAGCAGCAGCAGCACUACCGCCAUCACCGCAGCUUCUGUCGCGAUCGCGGACCCCGCUGGCCUCCCGCUCCCGGACAGCACUCCUUGCAGCUCCAUGCCCGACCUGACCAGCUCCACGAUCACCUCGACGACGGCCACCACCACCACCACCACCACCACCACCGGGUCUGCCCCAGGGUCAUCUCCCCCGCAGAGCUUCUUCCACCCGGGACCCGGCAACUUGGAACUCACGGACAGCGACAGCGAUGAGGACGGCGCCAACUGCCACGAGGUCCUGAGUGACGACGAGUCGGACCCGGUUUCCAGCACCAGCUCCGGGCAGAUGGCCCCCUCCAUCCCCACCACCCCUAGUGCUGUGUCGAUUCCCCUGCCGGAUGGUGAUUCCUCCGAUCACAGCUCGCCCGACCUGCCGCCCUUGUCACCGGUUACCUACCUCUCCGAUGACACCCAGGUCGUUGGGGCCCCCGCCAUGCCCGUCACUUCCUGUCCGAUCUCCAUCCCCCGGUCGCCGAGCGACUCGCCCUUCCGCCUUCGCCGACACCUGUCCGAUGAUCACAGCCUCUUCUCCGACACCUCGGCCGAGGAUAUCCUUGUGCCUCUGGCCUCGGGGGAUGAUUGUGUAGGCCCCCUUCCCGGCGACUCCGGGGGUUUGAUGGAUGAUCUUUUCCCCUCGCUGGAUGGCAUGGUCUCUGGUGAUGCCGAAGCCACCACGGCCAUCACGUCCACCCCCGCGGCCAGUGUCUCUGUCACUGCCACCGCCACCGGCGAUGUCGCUGGUGAUGCUGGCGUCGAAGCCGGGCCCAGCCCCGACUCGCGUUCUCCACAUCCCCCAAUGGAGGCUUCCUCCCCCGGUGGCGCCGGCGGUGCUCGUGCUCGGGCAUCUUCCGGCAUUCUUUCCGGCUUCUCCCUGCGCCGCUCGGCCGGGCGUUUUGGCAGCUUGACGCGAGGCGCAUCGACACGCACAUCUGUCGCCACGACCACCGACUCGGCCGAAGCAAGCCCCACCGCUCCGCGAUCUCCCACGGCCCUGGACUUGCCUUCAGCCCCCGCCCCCGCCUCUGGUGAGGGUGAUGCUCCCCUCAAGCGUGCCUCCUCCUCCCUGGGCAUCAUGUCCACAUCUCUGCCUGUUGGCGGCGGCGGCGGCGGCGGCGCUGGUGGUUUGUCCAGCCCCCUGUCCUCGUCGCCCGUGGUUACCGCCUCCCCCACCCUCCGCAGCCCUGGCAUGCAUCCCCUGUCACCCGGCCUGGCCCAUGGGGGGAUCAGUCGCCAUGCGGGCACCCGGACCAGCAUCUCGCUCCUCUCGCCCUCCUCGCCGAUCUCCCUGCUUGAUUCGCCGGACUUUGAAGCCGCCGAGGCCGAGCAGCGUCUCCGUCGGCACUGGGCGAUUGCCCGGAGCAAGUUUUCUGCCGAUCCCCUUUCGGCGUUCGAUUAUUUGAAGGAUGUCGGCCUGAUCGAUGGCUCGGCCCUGUCCAUUGCCCAGUACCUGGCUGGACCGGAGAACAACUUCCUCAACAAGGAGGCCAUUGGUGAAUUCCUCGGUGGCGGGGACGCCUUCAAUGUCGAGGUUUUGAGCCUCUUUGCUGGCCUCCAAGAGUUCCACUCCCUCUCUUUUGACAACGCUCUUCGUCAAUUCCUCAGCACCUUCCGACUCCCCGGCGAGGCUCAGAAAAUUGACCGAAUGAUGGAGCGCUUCGCCUCACGCUUCCACGAGAAUAACCCCGGUGUCUUUGCCCGUUCAGACACUGCAUACAUUUUGGCCUUCUCCACCAUCAUGCUCAACACCGAUCUUCACAACCCGGCCAUCCGAAACAAGAUCACCAAGGAUGCCUUCAUCCGCAACAACCGCGGCAUCGACAACGGCGCCGACUUGCCGGAGUCCUUCCUGACUAACCUCUAUGAUACCAUUCUCAAAGAGGAAAUCAAGCUCAACGACGCGGCCUCAAGAGAGCGCCUGACCUUCUUCAACCCCGAACGCGAGGGGUAUCUCUGGAAGCAGGGUGGCCGGGUCAAGACAUGGAAGAAGCGCUUUUUCAUCUUGACCGGCAAUUGCGUGUACUAUUUCAAGCGCCAGGGGGAUCCUCGCCCGUGCGGCAUCAUCCCCUUGGAGAAUCUGCGCGUUUGUGAGGCUGGCCAGUCACGCGACAAGAAGACUCGCUUCCGGUUUCAACUGUACCAUCCGGACAACCCGCCGGCUCACCUGCUGGCUCAGCAGCCGAAGCAGCAGGCCCAGCCCUCGACCCGGUCCGGGGCGGUCUCUCCUCUUCCCGGCGAGAGUCCCCUUUCUCCGGAUGCUGCCCCCCCGGCGUCCCCCUCCUCCGGUGGCCCCUCUUCGGCCUCCUCCUUCCCCUCGUCCUUGUCCUCAUUCACAUCCAGCCUUUCCUCAAGCCUCGGCUUUGGUAGCAGCAGCGGGCCGCAAUCCUCACCGGAUCUGAUCCUUCUGUCUCCGUCCCGUAGCAAUGCCUCCACCCUCGGGCGCUAUAAUUCCCUGUUGAGCGUCCAGCCGCCGUCUGAGCAGGGCCCGGCUUCGCCAUCAGCGGCGCCGACCCCCUCGCCGGUGGUAUCUCCUUCGGGGGUGGCCUCCCCGAUUGAGCAUCUUCCUGAUUGUCAGGUCGUGCGGCCGAUCCCACCACCGGAUGCCAGCGAGCAGGGCACCUCUCCCAGCGAGCAGGGCACCGCUCCCAGCGAGCAGGGCACCGCUCCCAGCGAGCAGGGCACCGCUCCCAGCGGCGAGCAGCCUGCCGCUUUGGUGGAAUGUCCGGGUUGCAUGGCCGAGGUGGCGGCAGGACCUGGGUGCGAUGAAAGCCCCCUCAAUGCAUCCCCCUCGGCCGGGUCAUCCCUAGACGCCAGUGGGGCGUCCUCUUCUCUGUCCUUGUCUCAAGUCGGUGGCAUCGAACCACCGACCGAUGUGGCUCCAGUAGCCUCCAUCCCCAUCUCCGGGCCAGUGCCUCAGACGCCUGGGGCCGGGCCGACCCAGGCCCCGAUCGUGGCCUCCAGCACAGGGGCCUCAGCCACUGCCUCUCCCCUGGCAUCCUCGACCAGCUCCCUCCUCUCGGUGGGCUUGUUGUCGCGCACGCGUUCCAUGAGCAUGACCAUCAAGGCGGCCAAGCACGCCGGCGAUGGCAAGAUGGUCGAAGGGCACCACUCAUACUAUCUCCUCGGAUGCGACUCGGAGGAUGCUCGCCAUGACUGGAUCUGUUCGCUGAAUGCCCACAUGCAGCAGAUCCCCAUCUAUAUCCUGAUGCGCGAGCGUCGCGAGAAGGUCACUGGCCAGGUGUCCUGAAAGGUUUUGGCGUCCACAUUGGUGGAGCCGGGUCUCAGCGCACCAGCUCCCAUCCACACCCCCGCAUAUACACGUUCAG